AUGGCAGGUCACAGGAUUAAAAGAGUUAAAGAGAUGAAGCUCCUAGGUAUCAUACUAGAUGAAGGCUUUACCUGGAUCCCCCAUUUAAGAUCGCAAAGAACAAAAGCAUUAAAAAUAGCCAUGAAUCUAAGGAAAAUGCAAGGCUCCAAAUGGGGACUGCGUCCCCAUAUUCUAAAGAUCCUAUACUCUGCAGUAGCAGAAAAGAUCAUGAUCUACGGGGCGGCAAUCUGGGCAAACCCCAUGACCUGCAGGAAACAAAAAAUUCUUCAAAGUUCCCAAAGACCUUUCGUACUGGCGAUUACAAAGGCAUAUCGAACAACGUCGACAGCAGCCGCAGCAGUUCUGGCGGGACUAAUCCCGUUACCAAUAAAAGCACAGCAGGAAGCCGCAAUUACAAUGUUUUCCCAACUGCAUAGAAAAGCACGAUUUGGGGAGUUCAGCUAUGACCCUGCAGACUUCGAGUUUAAAAGUUCAAAACUUAAAACGCACCCUUCAGAUUACGGGAAAGGUGUUGUGACUCACUUCGCCCCUGAAUUACCACCAUCCAUAGAGGGCCCGGGCUUCAUGAUUUACACGGAUGGGUCGAAGAUGGACAAUGCAGUCGGCAGCGCAUAUACAGUUUUCCAUAAUGGCACUGAAGUGCAAACCUGGAAGUGCCAUAUGUCUCCGCACAAUUCGGUCUUCCAGGCGGAAGCCCUUGCUUUGCUGAAAGCAAUAGAAUGGGCACAAACUACCACAGCAGAAGAUUUUACAAUCUAUACUGAUAGCCUAUCGGUACUAUACGCCAUCAACGACCCACGCCACACCUCCCCACUCGUGUCCCAAAUUCAGGAGACACUAAGAAAUACGAGUCCGGUCCAAAAAAUUGAAAUCUCUUGGGUAAAAGCGCACGUUGGUGCCCAGGGCAACGAACGCGCAGAUACCCUGGCAAAAGAGGCAGCACAGGACCGGGAUGCGGUGCAAAUAGACCCACCUUUACCAAAGUCACUUCUCAAGCGGCAGACUUGGCAGUCAGCUCUGUCGCAGUGGCAGCAGGAAUGGAACACGUCACCACAGAGUCGGCGAACUUUCGAAUUCAUACGAAAAGUGGACACGGAACGACUCAUAUCUGCGCCCUUCUUAACAAGAUUCAUCACAGGACAUGGGCCGUUUCCGACCUACUUCGCAGAGAGAAAUAUAUCCUCCACAGACCUAUGUGUCUGCGGAAAAAUCGGGUCCCCCGACCACUACCUGACGGAGUGUCAACUCACCACACAAUGGCACGUUAAACUCCCGUCGAAUAAUGUGGCCGCCUUUAAAAGAUUCGUGCUGAAACAACCACGACUUAUGGACAAAAUCAAAAAGAUCAUGGAUCACUUAGAAGUACUGGGGCAGGAGCUCUGCAGCCCUGCAUAG